GCCAGUCAUAUUCCGGCAUUUCUUACGGACGGUCUCUCCCGUGGCGGUCCGGACUCUCUUGUUCGCAAAAUUUCGCGCGCGCCGGACUUGUUAUUUUCGUGUGUCGUCGCACGUGUCCGUCGGAAGUCAUUCAUGUCUGCGGGGUCUUCCGAGUAGGAUCACUCGCUUGGUAUCAGGGGCUUCUGCAUGUAAAUAAUUUAUAAAACUUGGCGAGUGUUGGGAUUGUGCGAACACUUUUCGAACCGACGACUACCGAGAAGGUGGACCAGUUUUGGAGGAGAUCCGGCCUCGGUUUUCGAAACAUGUUUUGACCGCAACAAACUGAACAACGAUAAACAGCUGAACAGGUCUUCUUAUCUUGUGUGUUAUCCGGACUUUGCGGAUCUGUUGAGAUCCGAAUGGUUUGAGGAGUGCUGAAGAACCCCGUUUGCUGUAAAACCAACGAGACAAGAUUUGUCGACUGUGUCGACUUCGACUUCUUACAGAACCAACCUCGUGAAGCAGUUGAUGAAGAUACAUUGUCAACCUCAAAGAACCAACAAAAGCGAAACAGCUAGCUGAACAACGGUUCAGCAGAAGCGUUGUUGACGAGCGUAUCCAGCGUAGCGCUGAACAAGCCGUUUACAUCGUGUUGUUGUUGUUGUUGUUGUUGAUGCGGUUGCGGUGACAACGCUGAAGCGUUGCGAGAAGAGCUCAACCCGGUGCAAGGCCGCCAAGAAUGAUGAGUUAAAGUGCGUGCGUGGAGUGUUAAUAUGUGCCGUUUUUUCCACCAAGGCUGAUUCAGGUGUGAAAAUUUCGGUAAAUCUUGAGCAACGAGAUCAAACCGCCGACGUCUGCAGCAAUUUCAGCGAGCGAGUGUGUACGUGUUGUUGUUGUUGUUGUGGUUAAUUUUAUUUCGCGAGCACCACCGCCAGCACAACCUCCAAGUUCGGUUCAGGCUGGUGCAGUUUCGGGGGAGCUGCUGAACACGGCAAGUUUCGAAAAACCGGUUUCCAGCGCGAGAAGCAAAGGCAAGGAAAGAGAGUUACCGCGUGAUAGUGCAGAGCAGAGUGUGUGUGUGUGUGUGACGGAAAAAGUGCGGUUGAGGGCGGCGGGCAAGUGUUCGGCGGGGAAGGUUACGUGGCGGGGAAAAAAAAGGGGCCGGGAGUGGUCAAUACCGGGGGGUUCCGAGGUGAAGUGAAAAACCGGCUGCAUUCGGCGAGUCGCAGCAAGAAGAAUAAGAGCAAAGGAAGGAAAAAGGCAAUAAAAAUAGCACGUCCCACACGAAGGUGAACACGUCGACGGAGAUCCGUCGAAGCAGUUUCGUAGCAGCAACCUUUCUCUUCCUCGUUCGGGCCGGUCGUCCACGGAUAUACGCUCCAAGUCGGUGUGCAGUUUGGCGGGCUAAUUUUUGCAUAAAACGCGCUCCGCGCUGAGGGCAACUCCGUGACCAAAGAUCAAAGUGUUAAUGUUCAACGAAUCAUUUGUGAAGAAAUAAUCAAACUCAAUCACACCUAAAUCGUUAAACAAACAAUCAGGACGCAUCUCAACCAAACGAAUAAAGAAAAGGGUCAUCGCACAAAUCGUCCCCGACGAACUCAAAGUUGAGGCGAUAUGCAUCAAACCCACCCUCAUCGCUCGAUAACCGGUCCCGUGUAAUUAAAAUGAUUGAAAUCGAGAGCAUCGGCAACCCGAACGGAGCAGCAGCAGCAGCAGCCUGGUGAUGGAAUUAGUCUCCAUCGUGCACGCUGCCAUCUAAACUCCCGCAAAAAAAGCAUCAAACCAACAGUUGGACACCCUCGAAAGUGAUCCCACCACUCCGUAAGGACGCAAAACGCCGAGAAAUAUGAUUGUGAAAUAAACCACUCUCUCACGAAGCGUCACGCGCGGACAAUUUCUCUGGCCACCCACCCUGCCCCUGCCCCGGGUCCGGACUCCAACACGCUCAACGAAACAUAGUCAGAAGGCGCUGCUGUGACCAGCAUAAACCAACUAGAGAGUAGCAAAAUACAAACAAAUACACACACACAAAAUGUCCCACAGAAUGUCCCCCAAGACCCGGGUCGUGUUCAAGUUCAUCUUCGGCCUCGGCAUCUGGUCCUUUCUGGUGCUCGGAUUUUUCAAGCUGAACGGCGACCAGGUGACGCCGCACCAGUUCCAGCAGACGCCCAUCAACGGCCGGUUGCUGCUGAACAAGGACAACCGGUGGACCGGCAACGAGGCGACGUCCACCACCACCGACCGGUACGCGUCCCCGGUGGGGGCCGGCGUCGACGAGGUCCUGGUGGACAACCGGGCGGUGAUCGACGACGAGCAGCUGGUGCGGGACGUGGAGUCGCGGAUCCCGUCGCUGCCGAUCGCGUACUGGAGCAAGCACAAGAACGCGGUCCAGAAGAAGGCCGCGUGCGCCAAGUACCCGUCCAUCUUCGAGCUGGAGUUCAACAACAUCUACUGGCAGACGCUGCGCAGUUCGAACGGGACGUUCCAGCUGUUUGGGGCGUACUACGACAUCCGGAAGCGGUCGCGGAUCGGGCCGGCGGUGCGGAUUUUGGGGAUGAUCGACCGGAUCGAGCCGAAGGUGAAGACUUUUUGUCAGCUGUGGUUCGACGGGCAGAAGGAGCCGUUUAUUGUGAAGACGUUCGAGUACAAGUACAUUUGGUUCAACAAGUGGGGCAAUUACAAGCAGGGUAUCUAUCAGCCUUACUUGAUUGCUUGUCAGAUUCCGAAGCCGUUCCGGGGGCUGGUGCCGGCGUCGGUGUCGCUGGUGGAGAAGCAGUGCGACACGGCGACGAACAACUUGAGGGUGUUGUACAACAGACCGCUGGACGACAAGAAGAAGGGCUUUGCGGUUUGUGUUAAGGGGUUGGACUUUUUGUACGACGAUCUGUCGGUACGGUUGGUGGAGUGGAUCGAACUGUUGGGCAUUUUGGGUGCGGAUAAGAUCUUCUUCUACGAGCUGCAGGUUCACCCGAACAUCUCCAAGGUGUUGCGGUAUUACGAGGAGCAGGAUCGGGUUCACGUUACCCCGUUGACACUGCCCGGUGGACAGCCGAACGUGCCCGGCUUCCAGCACCUCUUCCUCUCUAAGAAGACAACCCACAAGCGGCAGAACGAGCUGAUCCCGUACAACGACUGUCUGUACAAGAACAUGUACAAGUACGAGUUCAUCGCCCUGCUUGACAUCGACGAGGUCAUCAUGCCCAAGCUGGACGAAGAUCGCACCUGGCACGACCUGAUGGCGCGCGUCGUCGAAAAGGGCAUGAAGCUCAAAAACGACACCUACCCGAGCUACAACGUGCGCAACGUGUACUUCUUCGACCAGGACCAGCACGAGCACGAGUGGGCCAAAGACACCCCGCGCUACAUGCACAUGCUGCAGCACGUCCAGCGCGCCAAGAACUACACCAAACCCAACCAGUACGUCAAGUGUUUCCACAACCCCGAGCGGGUCCUCACCCUGCACAACCACUUCCCGAUCGCGUGCCUCGGCGGCGCGUGCCACUCCUACCCGGUCAGCACGGACGACGCCCAGCUGCAGCACUACCGGGCGGACUGCGUGCGCACGCUCAAGAAGAGCUGCGAGGAGUUCAAGGAGAACCAGGUGCGCGACACCACCAUCUGGAAGUACAAGGACGAGCUGGUCCAGCGUACGCGGCGCACCCUCGACACACUCGGCUUCUUCCGGCCGUCCGUCGGGGGGGUCCGCGGCAAGGACUCGCUGUACAAGCGGUGAUUGUUGCAGAAGCUUCGGCACAUGUUUAGCCUCUAGUUACGUUUGUUCAUUUAUUCGAUUGACCGCACGUGGCGGCAGCGGCGGGAUCGCAGCAGUCCGGUGGGUGCCGGCAACUCUUCUUCCUACGACGCCCAGUGCUGCGAUCUGCGACGGCGUCGUUGAAAGCGCCCGACAUCGGUCAGAGCCUCGGGACGAUGGCGUGCACACAGCUUUGUCUAAUGCGAAUAAAUGAACGAUCGAUUUGAAUUAUUAUAAAGAUAAUUUAGACAAGCGAAGGAAAAAAAAAUGUUAUCAUUAGCGAGUAGGCGAAAAAAAAAACACACACUCUUCCCAUUAUUAUAUUAGUUAUUAUUGUCGUGUAGUCUUUUAGGCAGUUAUUAUCGCUUACGAAGUCAAAGUAAUUUAUGCAUAGUGGAAGAAUUUCGGUCUUCUUUACGAUACUACUACUAUUUCGCGCGGUGGGUUAAAAUACGUGUUUAUUGAUUAAACAAUCCAUUGAGUUUUUCUAACCAAAACUUUGUCAAAAAUCUGAAUGGAAUGUACAAACUUAGGAAUCUAAAAGCAUCAACACUUUUUUUCCAGUGCUAAAACAAAACAGUUUUUGGAAAAAAAAAACCGAAGGAAAAACUCCUAAAAAAAUCUUCUUUUCUUAGAAUGAAACCACGAAAGCACCAAGCUACUUCAAAAAAGCAUAGCAUUUACAGCCUAAAUUUGGCUAGAAAUGUACUGAAAUGUUAUUCUGUCGAUUGAAGUGUGUUUAGAGAGCUCAAAAAUUCUUUCAGCAAGUUUUUGGUUUCCUUUAGAGGUGGGCAAACCCGCUCUUUUUGAGGAGCCGCUCGCUCUUUAAAAUGAGCCGUUAUUUUGAACGGCUCUUUCGCUCUUUUACAAAAUAUUGUAGAAAAGGCCACUUUAAAGAAUGUUGUGAUUUUUUAUGAUUUUUAUUAGACAUUAAUAUAUUAUUUAAAAACAACUAAAAACGGAAAGAUUCGCUUGAGGGCUAAACGUUUGAAUAACUGGGUGGGGAAAGCAUCCAAACUUAUCUCUAGGAUUUCGGAAAAAAAUGCUAUUAAUUUUACGGAAUUAUCUUUAUUUCUGCUAAAAUCGAAUUUUGAUAUUUUAUUUUGAUAAAAUAUUCUGCGAACUUUUAUCUAGAUUCCGAUUUAUCAAUAAAGUCUACAAUUUAAAAUGUUUAAUCGGGCAAGAGGAGUAAGUAUAUGGCUUUUUAGUAGUUUUUCAGCAAAAUUUCACAAGUUAGGCAUUUCGAAAUUUUCUCAAAUUUGUACUCGGGCAAUUCUUUGAUGUGUCUUUACGAUCAGUUGUGCUGUGAAAAGUUUUUUUUUAUUUUGUUGUGAAAAUCGUUCACUUUUAAAGUAAUUUAA